UUACGUUUCAUUUAUUUUCUUUGCUCCCCAAAAUGCUUCGUAUUUUAAGAUUUCGUCCGGCAAAUCGCUAUUAUUCUGUGAAAAUAGCCCAGAAAGAUGUUAAAAAAUACACAGAUACCAUUAAUUUGCCAAAGACAAAGUUUCCCAACCGACUGACAGCUGUGAAACGUGAAGAACAGGAGCGACUUAUUCUACAGAAGAAGAUAGCCGUAUCCUAUCAGUACCAGCAGGAGCAUUUAAGUGAAAAGGAUAAACCCACAUUCAUACUUCACGAUGGUCCUCCAUACGCCAAUGGACAACUCCACAUGGGCCAUGCCGUCAACAAAAUCCUCAAGGACAUCACACUGCGCCAACGAGUAGCCCAUGGGCAGCAGGUCAAUUAUGUUCCAGGUUGGGAUUGCCAUGGAUUACCCAUCGAACUGAAGGCCACCAGUGCUGCUGCUGGUCAGAAUGCUUUGGAAAUACGCCAGAAAUCCCGAUCUUUUGCCCUAGAAGCCAUUGAAUCGCAGAAAAAGGAGUUUAGCAGUUGGGGAGUACUGGCAAAUUGGCAAAAGAAUGACAUCUACAUGACCUUUCAACCUGAGUUUAUAGAAAACCAACUUCAUUUGUUUUACAAACUCUACGAAAAGGGAUUGGUUUACCGGGAUUUGAAGCCGGUUUACUGGUCACCAUCUUCCAGAACAGCCUUGGCAGAGGCCGAACUGGAGUAUGAUCCGAAACAUAUAAGCCCAUCGGUCUAUGUUCGUUUUCCAAUAAACCCAAAUGGUCUGGAUAUAACAGAAAAGGAUACACGUCUCUACGCCCUGGUCUGGACCACAACUCCUUGGACUCUUCCUAGCAACCAAGCCAUUUGCUACAACUCCUCCUUGGAGUACGUUUUGGUCCGCCUAUCGGAACACAACCAAGAUGAGUUAUACCUAAUAGCCUCCGCCCUUUUGGAGGACUUCGAGGCAAAUACCCAAAUCGAGUGCGAGGUAGUCCAGACCCUAAAAAGCAGAUCUUUGGGAGAUCUUACCUAUAAACAUCUAAUAGACAAAGAUCUGAAUGAUCUUCCCUUUUACGAUGCCAGUCAUGUACAGGAUAGUAAGGGAACCGGCUUGGUGCACACUGCUCCGGCUCAUGGUCCAGACGAUUUCCUGGUCAGCCUUGCCCGGAAAAUUCCCGUCAAAUGCUUGGUGAACGAGGAGGGAGUAUACACAGACGACGCUCCGAGUUUUCUGGUCGGAAAAUCGGUCUUGGAACAAGGAAACCCUUUAGUCUUGGAGCACAUCACCAAUAAUGUGGUUCACUCUUCCACUCUGGAGCAUUCCUAUCCCAUAGACUGGCGCACCAAGAAGCCUGUGAUAAUUCGCGCCAGCGAGCAGUGGUUCAUCAACACGGAGAAGCUAAAGUCCUCCGCUGCGGAUGCCCUCGAAAAAGUAGAAAUAUAUCCCCGGGCCAAUGCUGAGGCCAGCAAAAAGGCGCUGCUCACCCAGCUCCAAAAGCGACCCUAUUGGUGUAUUUCCAGACAGAGGGCCUGGGGUGUUCCCAUACCGGUUCUCUACUGCCGAAAGACUGGAAAGGUGGUCUUAAACAAGGUUCUAAUACAGCAUUUUUGUAAAGAGUUGCGCAAAGACGGCUCUAUGGAUUUCUGGUGGGCCAAGUCAUUGGAGGAACUACUGCCAACAGAGAUCUUAAAAAAACUGGGCUACCAAGCCAAUGACUUAGUCAAGGGCAGUGAUAUAUUGGACAUCUGGUUUGAUUCCGGCAGCACUUGGUCGGCUGUGCUGAAGAAGGAUAAGGUGGCUGAUCUUUAUCUGGAGGGCUAUGAUCAAUUCACAGGAUGGUUUCAGUCAUCCCUGCUGAUGAGCAUUGCUGCUAGGGAUUGUGCUCCUUACAAAGCUCUCUUUGUCCAUGGCUUUACGGUCGACGAGAAGGGUUACAAGAUGUCCAAAUCUCUGGGAAAUGUGAUUUCUCCAAAACAGAUAACCAAAAAGUACGGAACCGAUGUCCUACGUUGGUGGGUGGCUUCCCAUGGCACCCAGCACAUGUCGAUUACGGUCAGCGAGAAGCUGCUUCAGCAAGCAGCCGAAAAUCUGAGCAAGGUACGUGCCACCCUGCGGUAUCUUAACGGAGCCAUUGGAGAAAAGCAACCAAGCCAGGAGAAUAUUCAAGACUCCAGCUUCUUAAACAGAUACUUGCUGAGUCAACUAGUUGACUUUGAUGCGGAGAUAACUAAGCUAUACAACGCCUAUGAGUACAACCGCGUAGUGGCUUCCAUUCAGAACUUCCUGUCCAACCAAGUGUCCGCCGUUUAUGUCCAUCUAAUUAAAGAUCGUCUCUAUUGUGGGGAUGAACGCGAACUCCUUGCCAUCCGUCAGACCCUCACCCACUGCUACGAAGAGCUGUGUAAGAGUUUGUGGCCCAUAGUUCCGUUUAUGGUGGAGGAAAGUUGGAGCUACUACGACACUUCAGGAGCAGCUUUCCACCAACAAAGUGUUGCUGCCAAAUCCCAAUGGCAGGAUCAAAACGCCAACGAUGUGGUUAACGCCGCUUUGGAGGUCAAGAAGAUCAUAAACCAACAAGCUGGAGAUGUCAAUAGUUGGCACAUCGAUGUGGUUCUCAAAGUGGGAAACGCAAAGCAGUUGAAACUCCUCCAAGAACUCCAUCCCAUGGGAAAGCCUCGGUCCAACUCGGAGUUGUGUGAAAUACUGCAAGUGGGAUCCGUGACCCUCCUCCAAACCGCAGAUCAGGACCUCCAGGUGUCCGUUAAGGCGCUCCAGGCACCUCUCUGUCCUCGUUGUCGUCGCUACAGUUUGGAAAACGCCGAGCAGGGGACCUGCCAUCGCUGCUCCUUAGUAAUGACCGCAAGGAACUAG